UGUCUGCCGAACAGCAGGUGGAGUUCCAGGACAGACCAGAGCCCUCCAGCAAGUGACAGGAUCUCUGUCCUCUGGAUAUGGCGCUUGUCCCUUGAGCCCCAGCCCUGUGGCCACACAGGGGUGCAGACAUCCUGGACCUGCCACUAUGGCCUGUGCCGUGACCCUGACCCGGGCACAGACGGCUCCUGGCAUGGAUACGGGGGAGACGGUGUCCCCGGCAGUGGACCUGGUGCUGGGUGCCUCAGCCUGCUGCCUGGCCUGUGUCUUCACCAAUCCCCUGGAAGUGGUAAAGACCCGUCUGCAACUGCAGGGGGAACUGCAGGCCCCAGGCACCCACCCACGACCCUACCGGGGUUUUGUGUCCUCUGUGGCAGCCGUCGCCCGGGCAGAUGGGCUGUGGGGCCUGCAGAAGGGGCUGGCCGCCGGCCUUCUCUACCAGGGUCUCAUGAAUGGUGUCCGUUUCUACUGCUACAGCCGGGCAUGCCAGGCUGGCCUCACCCAGCAACCAGGUGGCACUGUGGCCGCAGGCGCUAUGGCUGGGGCUUUGGGAGCCUUUGUGGGGAGCCCUGCUUACCUGGUCAAGACACAGCUGCAGGCCCAGACGGUGGCCGCGGUGGCCGUGGGUCAUCAGCACCAGCAUCAGGGUGUCCUGGGGGCCUUGGAGACCAUCUGGCGUCAGCAGGGCCUACUGGGGCUGUGGCGGGGUGUAGGGGCGGCUGUGCCCCGAGUCACAGUGGGCUCCGCUGCCCAGUUGGCCACCUUUACUUCUGCCAAGGCUUGGGUACAGGAGCGACAGUGGUUUUUGGAGGACAGCUGGCUGGUGCCCCUGGCUGGAGGCAUGAUCAGCAGUAUAGCUGUGGUUGCAGUCAUGACUCCUUUCGACGUGGUCAGCACUCGGCUAUACAAUCAGCCGGUGGACGGAGCUGGCAGGGGCCAGCUGUACAGGGGCCUCGCUGAUUGCCUGGUGAAGAUCUGUCAACAGGAGGGACCCCUGGCCCUCUACAAGGGCCUAGGCCUUGCCUAUCUGCGCUUAGGCCCCCACACCAUCCUUAGCAUGUUCUUCUGGGAUGAGCUGCGGAAACUCACAAGGGGCCAACACCAGGGCACCUAGCUCAUCCCUCCUCCCACCGCCAAGCCUGCUGUCUGGUGGAAGUGAUGGCUGCUUCACUAGGACUGGCUACCCAGAGCCAGCUUGAGUCAAGCCCUCCCAGAGGCCAGCAGGAGGGGGCAGGAGACAACUGUGCUCAACUGAGGCCCAGGACCAGUGCGUCCCAAGUUACCAUCUUUGUUUCCUUAAUGCCCCUGGGUUACCUCGCCCUAGCGCACUGCCACAGCCAUGGCUGCAGGUAAUCAGCCCCGUGAGCAGAGCUGCGCUGGCUCCUCAGUCCUCCGCCUCUCUCACCUGAAGGCAGACAUCACUCUGGCCGGAGCCACACAGCUCUGUGGCGACAGAGCCAGGACGGGAGUUCAAUCUGCCCACCCCCACCUCCAGUGAUCCCCACAAGGGCACUGCUAUGUCAGAACUGUUGGGCUGUGUAUCCCUCAGAGGCCACUGCAGGUGAGGAAACCCCCGGCUGUGCCACAGCGGAGGCCUUCGUGUCCCCAGAGUCUGGUUGGCCAAGGCCGAUUACCCAACAAAGUUCUAAAGCCUUGAUAGCUCGAAGGACAAAAACCUGUUUCCUUCCCUUCUGGCACCCAGAAGCCCAAGAAGAAAGGAUUGGCUGCGCUAGCUUCUCUCUUUACUUUUAUUUCUCAUAUCUGUGGUGCUGUGGCGGAGCCAGGGCCUGGGCAUGUUAGUCACGUGAUCGGCCCAGGGCUGACUUCUCCGAAGUCCUCUCUCCUCAGCUUUGAGAAGAGCAGCUUCUUCCUGUCUUCCCUGUCCAUCUGAGUCGAAUCUCAGGCUGGGAACAGACCAGUUGGCAGACUGCCUGCCUGAUGCUCGUAAGAUUUCCGGGUUCUAUCCCCAGCACCGAAUUAACUGGGCAUGAGGGCACAGGCCUGUAACUCAGCACUGGGGAGGUAGAGCUAGGAGGAUCAGAAGUUCAAGGUCAUUUUCAGCUACAUAGUGAGUUUGAGGCCAUAAUGGACUUGAUGAGAGCCGGAGAGGAGGAGAGGGAGGGAGGGAGUUAGAGAGGAAGGAAGAAGAGGGAGAAACAGAAGAGAGGGGAAAGGGUCAGGGACUGGGACAGGGUAGAGAGACAGGCAGGGGAAUCCAGUUAUGAUGGAUAGAGCCCACACAGGAAAUGCAUCCUACAGAGGGGCUACCAUCAUCUCCACAGUCACCUGAGGGACUGGGUUAGGACUUCAGCAGGAGUCUGGAAGCAUCACCGAGUUCCGGCUUCCCUUUUGUAUACAUCCAGAGGGAACUCAGACAAGGAGAUGGAGGCCUAGGGAAGAGGGUACCUGCCCUCAUGGGUCACAGGGCAGAGCCAGCUGCAGGGCCAAGGACAGACUCUUGGGUCCUCUCUCCAGACGCAGCCACACCUGUGUGUAAGGCACCCAGCAGCCUUUCUACUAGAGAAGCGGACACCAUCUCUAGGCCAGGCAGCUCCAACCACCCUCCCCAACCACAUCCCAAGAGCAAAAAACUGUCCCAGAUGAACACUCCAAUAAAGUUUUGUAUUUUGUAUA